GGGUGUAGAGGCAUCGCCCCCACAGGUUACUUUUCAUGUAAUGUCAGGUGGGGGCUAUACAGCCCCCCAACAUUUCAGCCCUAGUUGCGCCACUGCUGCCUACUAUGAUCAAUGGUCAUAGUUUAAGUUAAAAAAAUGUUGACCACGUUUUUAAAAUGUUAAAUCGUUACAGACAUGAAAUAAAAAAAAAAUAAUAAAUAAACCAGACUGUUAAACGAUAUUAUGUAUGAUUAGACUACGUCACUUGUGGUUGAACAACUCCCACCAGCCACGAGAAAUACUGCAGUGGCGGCGUUGUCGUCGAUCCAACGGUUUUCGUGAAGCGGUAGCGGCGGGAAUCACGCGUUAUAAUAAUAAUAAUAAUGUAUCAUUGAAGAAUGAAGUUUAGCUAGCCAGUCGGCGGCCGGCGGUUCAGUUGGUUCAUUAAACUUACCGAGCGGCGUUACAAUAUUAAUAUAGUUUAUGAUAGACAUCACGUGUACAAUAAAAUACAAAUUAUACUGUACUUGUUCGAGUGUCGGUCGUAGUGUCGUAUACAUGUAUUAACAACACCCGAGCGUGUGCGUCGUAGUAUACCUGCGUAUAAGUGAUGUGCAUCGAAUAAUGUAAAAAUAUUAUUUUAUUAGUUUUCAUCAACUCGCCACGAAAACCUACCGGAUACAAUAUAGUAAUACAAUUUCAGUUAAAGGAAAGAAAUUAGAUUUUAGCCGACAAAUGAUGACCCUUACCCUAUCAUUCCGGACUAGUUUGAUUUUCGCUACCGCUGUUGUUUGCGUAUUGAUUUCGCUGGUGCCCAAUGCUAAUGGUCAGAUAGAUUGCUAUGAGUGUACAGUACAUGCGCCAGAAUCGUAUUUGAACCUAACGACCAGACUGUGUUGGAAAUUUGAUGGUUCCGAUCACUACAAAGUACACUGUCCCAAUUCGACGUAUUGCAUGAAGAAAUCGUUUCAACUUGAGCUACAGGCCGGAAAAAUCGUUAAAGGAAAUGUGAGGGGUUGUGCGUCGCAGAAAUACGAUUAUCAGGUUUACAAGAACGGGUCGUGGAAAGUCGAGUCGGCUGUCGAGUACGACUCGUUCAAAAAUGGAUGCUAUUCCGGCAACGAUGAUCAACUGAGGACGGCGGAUACGCAGUUCUGCUACUGUAACGAUAACCUUUGCAACAACGCAAAACAGACGACGAACUUUUCCAGUCACACGGAUACUAUCGCCGUGAUCAUAAUUUACAAUAUCAUGAGGUUUCUGAAAACCCACACGCAACCGGCGUAACGAUAGCGUUUCGAACAUCCACCACGCGGUGCAGUGUCUGCAUAUUAAAGAAAUCUCGGCCAAUUGUACAAAGACUAAAUACAUUUUAAAUGAAAAAAACGAAAAAUGCUAAAAGCAACACAAGACGCGAAUGUGAAUAUUAGUAUUUUUUGGUUUUUUUCUAUACUUAAUGGACCCACGUCCAAAAUGUACACUGUUAUUUUAUCGAAUAUCGUUAUAACUAAUUAUAAUAAUUUAUUAAAUAACUGUUUUUGGUUCAAAUCUAGAAUUAUCUAUAUCUAAUUUACCAAGUACAGUAGAGUUAUCAUCGACACUUAUACACGCAAAUAACUUUAAUUUAAUUGGUAUAUUAUGAUAACAAUAUAUUUAGAUUAUCUUUGAUCAUAGACUAGAAAAUAUAAUAGAUUAUAACGGAAAUCUAUGAUAAAAAAAACAAAUUAUAUAAGAAUAAUUUAUUUAGUUUUAAACAAGACUUGGCUGUGUUUAUUUUUAGUGAUAAGUAUACAUGUGUAAUUUUUUUUUAAUCCUACAGAUAUAAUACCUCUACUAUACUACAAAGUGAAUUACAAUGUAAACUUUAUUGAUUAUUCAAUAAAAUAUUAUGUAAUUGAAGAACGAGUAUUUCUACUUUUUAUAACACAUUAGUAUAUAGGUAUUCCAUACGGAAUAGGUACCCAACCUUGUUUAGAUCUAAAAGUGACACAAAAUAAAACCAAUACAAACUGUGAAUUAUAAUUAUUAAACGUA